GGAUUGCAAACAUGGCGGAGUCCUCCCUCGGGAAUUCGAGCCCAGGAGGUUCAGCAGGUUCUGAUGACCAUGAUUUCGACCCAUCAGCAGACAUGCUUGUUCACGACUUUGACGAUGAACGCACCCUGGAGGAAGAGGAAAUGUUGGAGGCAGCAGAUGAAACCAAUGCUAAUGAGAUCGAAGAUCUUGCACGGGAAGGAGAGAUGCCCAUUCAUGAGCUGCUGAGUCUUUAUGGUUAUGGGGGUGGUUCACCAGCAGAUGAGGAUGAAGAAGAGGAGGAAGAACCAGAGGAAGAAGAUGAGGAAGAAGAUGAGGAAGAAGACCUGGACAAUGAUGAAAGCAGCAGAAGCACUGGCGAGCUGAAAAGAAAUGAGGGUGAAGGAGUUAAGAACACAUCAGCACAGGGGGAUGAAGCCCAGGCAACGCCUGAGGUUCGCACACGUUCAGUCAGGUCCCUUUGCACAGCAGAACUUAUUCGUCCCCAGAAACUGAAAUACUUUGAAACUAAUAACGAUGCGGAGGAGGAGUCAGAUGAAGAUGAGGACUAUGUUCCAUCUGAAGAUUGGAAAAAGGAAAUUAUGGUGGGAUCCAUGUAUCAGGCAGAAACACCUGUCGGCCUAUGUAAAUAUAAAGAUAAUGAAAAAGUUUAUGAAAAUGACGACCAGCUGUUGUGGAACCCAGAGUGUCUUCCUGAAGGCAAAGUGGUGGAGUUCUUGACAGAAGCAUCGAGGCGAACAGGAGAGGAGAAGGGAGUAGAUGCAAUCCCAGAGGGAUCUCAUAUCAAAGACAAUGAACAGGCAUUGUAUGAACUUGUGAAAUGUGACUUUGACACAGAGGAAGCUUUAAGAAGACUUCGGUUUAAUGUAAAAGCAGCCAGAGAGGAGUUAUCUGUCUGGACUGAAGAGGAAUGUAGAAAUUUUGAACAAGGACUAAAAGCCUAUGGGAAAGAUUUUCACUUAAUACAGGCCAACAAGGUAAGACAAGUGAGAACUAGGUCUGUAGGAGAAUGUGUGGCCUUUUAUUACAUGUGGAAGAAGUCUGAGCGUUAUGAUUUCUUUGCACAGCAAACCAGACUUGGGAAAAGGAAAUACAACCUUCACCCUGGUGUCACAGACUACAUGGACCGGUUGCUGGAUGAGACGGAGAGCGCAACAUCCAGCAGGGCAGCGUCGCCUCCUCCCACCACCUCCAGCAGCAGCGCCAGCCACUCUGAGAGGGAAGACAGCAGCAGUCAGAACGGUAUUGCAGGCCACAAUUCCAGCCACCCAGCAGAAGGCGUUCAGUUACCUCCAGCAAACCAAGUCAAACCUGAGCCAGUUCAGUCCAACGGUCCCUCUCAUCCGUCAGUGGAAGCUCCUCCUACCAUUUCAGACAACAACUCCAAUGGCUGCAGCCAGCCCAGUGCACCAAACCACGACCGAAAUGGUUCACUGGAGCCGCCCAUGGACCACAGAGACACUGCGGUGGCACACGACAGGCCGGCCAAGAGGUGCAGGAUGGAGGCAGAGCCGGUGGCUCAGAGUGAGUUGGAACCCUCCAGAACACAGGAGAACUAAAAGCCUCUUGAGCUUGGCGAACUUGACUAAUAGACGCUGAUUUGGAGUAGAAACAAAAAAGUUGCCCCUUCCCCACUUAUGGGCAAGGGGAGCAGAGGAGGAGGAAGAUGAGCCCCUCUCAGCCCUCAAGUGUAGUAUCUCCUGAGAGAAAGGACUCAAUGACUCACUCUCUGAUAAGGUCAAAGGUCACUGAAAAUCACACCUUGAAGAACACAGCCAACCAAACUGCAGCUGAUCCUCCAGGAGGGGCAAUGGUUGCCCAGCAGCCCCCCUGCCCCCUCCUCCAACCCAUCCAUGUAGUGACUGCCUGCAAAGCUCAUCCCAAAGUAUCACAGCUCCAUCAAGUCCUACUAAACACCUUCUACCAUCACCUUUAUUCCCUUUUUGGAGACUGACAAAUUUUUGCCAAGAAUCUGUUUUUUUUCUAUUUGUACUCAAAGAAAAUAAAUUCCCUGUAAUAUUUUUUUACACAAGAGAUAUUUAUAUUUUUUAACAAAAAAAAAAGAAAAGUCUAUGGUGGGUGUUUGCUGUUCAAGCCAUUUGAACAUUUGCUGAAACUGGGGACAUGUUUUAAACGAUUAUGUGCUGAAGUUGUCAAAAAGAGGCAAAGUAGGCAAACACAAAAUAAGUGAGCCGGUGCUGUCACCGGUUCGCUUUAGUUGCACUUUGAUUGUAUGUUUCUCAUCGUUAUUGAUAAGGAGUGGUGAUGAAACCCAGCAGAAUAACAUUUUUCACUCCUUCACCUCUGAACCUGCUCUGGCCUCUGUCACGGCUGUCUGUUUGACUCUGAUAAAUAAACCAAUGGGUUUCUCCCCCCGCAGGUUUGUUUGUGUAAAGCAGCUGACAUCAGUGAUGUCCUGUAUUAUAACUCAUCACGUAGAUCGCUGUAUUUUUGGAUUUUCAUAGUCAGUGCUUUGCUCAACGCUUUGUUUUUACUAGACAGAACGUCCGUGAUUUUUAAUGUAAAGUUUGUAUAGAUUUCUUACCUUGAGCAGUUGGUACAUUUUUUUUUAUAACCGUCUGUUCAUCUCUGUUCUUUCUGGUCUUCCUUGUAGGCUGUGCUUUUUGUUGAGAAACUUAUUUCCGCCUAUGUUGGUCUGACAUGUAUGUUAUAAAAGUAGCCAUUCCUUUUUUUUCCUCCCUCAGUUUGGCAGCACUUCCCAUUCCUAACAUGACCCUGCUCUUUUUGAAAUGUUUGCUGCAGAGAAGCAUCUUUUUGUACAUCAUAAUUUAAUGUGCAGCUUGCCUUUGGUUGAAAAACUGCUUGUUCAAAGCUCUUAGUUUCAGCCAACAUGUACUGUCUUUUCUCCAAGU